CCUGUUUCACACUUCUCACGCCGACAACCUGCAUCCAUGGCGCUGAUCCCUCGCACAACCGAUGACUUCUUUGCCCCAUUCUUCAGCCCGCUCGGCUUCCCAGACUUCUCCCGUGAGCUAACGCGCGCCUUCCAGCCGCUCACCAGCCUGGAGGGCGGGCAGCUGGCCACGAGGGGCAUGCCCGUGGACGUGGUGGAGAAGGAGAAUGCCUUCGAGGUGAAGGCGGACAUCCCCGGGGUGACCAAGAACGACAUCAAGGUCACAGUGGACAAGGAUGUGCUGCGCAUCAACGUGGAGCAGACCCAGGAGAAGAAGGAUGAGAAGGAGGAGGCGGGGCGCAAGUGGCACCGCUACGAGCGCAGCUCCCAGUUUGUGGGCCGCGCGCUGCGCAUGCCUGAGAACGCCAACCUGGAAGCCGUAAAGGCCCGCUAUGAGAACGGGGUGCUGGUGCUGGAUGUUCCCAAGCGGGAGCAGAAGCAGGAGGAGACCAAGCGCAUCACCAUCGGCUGAAGCGGCUGCCGAAGCUGCUCGGCCCAUGCCCCCGUCCCCAAGAUGAAGCCACAGUUGACAUAUAGCUGCUGAUCGUUGAGUGCCUGCCCUGCUACCUGUCCAACACACGAUCCCCGAGCCCAGUACUUCACGGCAUACGCCCCUCCCCCUUUCAUAUAGCCCCAACCUUAACCUCCUGCUGGCCCUGUCUCAAUAAGCACACUCGGUGCAUAUAUUCAUCUGGCCCUUGAUCAGUUUAGGUGUUGUCCUUUGCUUGCAUUGCUCAUGUAAUCACACUCAGU